CUCGUCACUGCCCUUCGGCGAUCCCAUCCCUUCCGCGUCGUCCCGGGACGACGCAGACGGGAAGCAAGGCACCGCGCCGACCACUCCCCGAGGCCUGAGGAGGGCCCAGCCAUGAAGGCCCUGGCCGCGCACGGCGCCGACCUGCUCCGCGGCCCGCACCUCCUCCGCGCCGCUGUCCUCGCCUUCGCCGUCGCGCUCGCCUUCCUCGUCGGCUACCACUGGCACGACGCCUCCCCGCGCCUCGUCUUCUUCUCCUCCACCGCCUCCUCCUCGUCGGCGACCGGCUCCGCCCCCCGCUCCCCUGCCGUCGCGCUCUCCCCCAACGCCAACAUCUCCUUCGACCCGUCCCUGAUCCCCGCCACCACCACCGCCCCGCCUGCUUCUCCUACUCCCAAUGCCUGGCCCCCGCCAUCACUACCACCGCCGACGACAGCGCCGCCGCCGCCUCCCCUCCCUCCCCCGCCCCCGCCCGCGCGCCUCGGCAUCGUCGGAGAGGACGGCGCGAUGCGGGACGACUUUGACGUGGGCAGCAUUGGCGCCAACGACACCGAUCUGGCCACCGACGAGGCCGCGCCGCAGGAGCCUGGCGAAGCGGGCGGCGGCGGCGGCGGGCCCAGGGUGCGGAUUGGGAGGUUCCCGGUCUGCCCAGAGAGCAUGAGGGAGUACAUACCCUGCCUCGACAACCAGGAGGAGAUCAAGCGGCUGCCCUCCACGGAGCGCGGCGAGCGAUUCGAGCGGCACUGCCCUGCCAAGGACAAGGCUCUCAGCUGCCUCGUGCCGGCGCCCAAGGGGUACAAGGCGCCCAUUCCCUGGCCUCAGAGCAGGGACGAGGUGUGGUUUAGCAAUGUUCCUCACACACGAUUGGUUGAUGACAAAGGCGGGCAGAAUUGGAUUACCAAGGCUAAAGACAAAUUCCGAUUUCCUGGAGGAGGAACUCAAUUUAUUCAUGGCGCAGAUCAAUACCUAGACCAGAUUUCCCAGAUGGUACCAGAUGUUGCAUUUGGAUCUCAUACUAGAGUUGUCCUGGAUGUUGGCUGUGGAGUAGCAAGUUUUGGUGCAUAUUUACUUUCACGUGACGUCUUGACAUUGUCCAUAGCUCCAAAAGAUGUUCAUGAAAAUCAGAUACAGUUUGCUCUUGAACGUGGUGUGCCUGCAAUGGUAGCAGCAUUUGCAACACACAGAUUAUUAUAUCCCAGCCAAGCUUUUGAUAUUAUCCAUUGUUCGCGCUGUCGAAUAAAUUGGACUCGUGAUGAUGGAAUCCUGCUGCUGGAGGUUAAUAGACUGCUUAGAGCUGGCGGUUACUUUGCUUGGGCAGCCCAACCUGUUUAUAAGCAUGAAGAGGCCCAGCAAGAGGCAUGGAAAGAGAUGGAGGACCUCACUGCCCGACUUUGUUGGGAGCUUGUGAAGAAAGAGGGCUAUAUUGCUAUGUGGAGGAAACCUUUAAAUAACUCAUGCUACAUGAACCGUGAUCCGGCAGUCAAACCUCCACUUUGCGAUACUGAUGAUAACCCAGAUGACGUCUGGUAUGUUAAUCUGAAAGCAUGUAUCAGUCGACUUCCUGAAAUUGGUGAAGGCCCAACUCCUGCCCAGUGGCCUGCACGUCUAAUGGAUCCUCCAAAGAGGCUUCAAGGCGUUGAAAUGGAUGCCUACUCAUCAAAGAAUGAGCUUUUCAAAGCAGAAACAAAAUUUUGGGAAGACAUACUUGAAGGUUAUAUUCGCGUUUUUAAGUGGAGGAAGUUUAAACUUCGGAAUGUAAUGGACAUGAGGGCUGGAUUUGGAGGGUUUGCAGCUGCCCUGAUCAACCGGAAAUUUGAUUGUUGGGUGAUGAAUGUCGUUCCUGUUACUGAACCAAAUACACUGCCUGUAAUUUAUGAUCGGGGGCUUCUUGGAGUUGCUCAUGACUGGUGUGAACCAUUUGACACAUACCCAAGGACGUAUGAUCUACUGCAUGCAUUCGGUCUUUUCUCAAAAGAGCAGAAAAGGUGUAACAUCUCAAGCAUCUUGCUGGAGAUGGAUCGCAUACUCAGACCAGGUGGUAGGGCUUACAUUCGUGACAGGAAAGAAGUGAUACAGGAGAUCAAAGAGAUAACAAACGCCAUGGGGUGGCGCGGUACGAUACGUGACACGGCAGAAGGCCCAUAUGCGAGUCGGAAAGUUUUGAUGUGUGACAAGCCUAUGGUGCAUUAGCCGAACAGGGAAAGGUCUGACACCGUUGGAGUUUCAAGCCGCCGAGCAGCUCAAAACUUUUCUGGCACCGUUGAGACUGACCACAAGAGCUGCUGUCUCGACUGACAUUCGUUCCGUAGAUAGGAUUGGUGAAGUUCUAAAAUUGUAACUAUAAUUCGAUUGAUCAUUCGUUUGUUUGAUGAUGGUCGGUGUAAUUCUGAUACGUGGUAUUUUCCUUUUGAUGUGUAGUCAUAGUAAUGUUGGAAGAGUGAGAAUUAUUAUUCAGGGGUAAGAAAGAGGACCUUUUCCCCUAUAUAUAGAUGUGACUAAAUGAGUCAUUGGCCCUGGUUUCACUGGCCUUUUUUCUUAUCA